GUCACUUCCAUUCUUCACCUCUUAGUUUUAUGUUAGUUAUAAUUCACGUAGGCCGCUGUUUGUGUCCUGACAAUCUUCAACUCAUCCCAAGGACGGUUUGGACUGGUGGAAUUCGCUUACCCUAACAGAUGCCAUUUCCUUGAGCAAUUCGGUCAUUUGCUUGGUAUCCUGUCAUAUCUUUGAUUGUAGAUUGCCCCGCCUUCUUCGUCGCACGUCCACUAAUCUUUUGUGCUCUGGAAUACCGCAUUUACCACAGGACCCUAGUUAGAGUUCCCUAAUCUGUGGACGGUGCAAAAUGUCUUCUAAUGCUGGAAGUGAGGAGAAUGUUGAUCCUGGUGUUGUAAUCACCCCUAAGGUUUCCGAACCCUGGUCGGUCGAAAAAGUGUUGGCGAAGAUUCACCCUGCAGCUCCCGUCGAGGACUCCAAUUCACCAGUUCCCUUCUUCCACAUCCUCGAGCGAUUGAAGACAGGAAAACGGGAGGGAUGGCGGCGGUUCGGUAUCAAGAGAGGCGAAUCGAUCGCUGACCACAUGUAUCGCAUGUCGCUAAUGACCCUCCUGUGCCCUCCAUCGCUCGCACCUAAAGUCGAUCUUAAUAAAUGCAUGAAAAUGUGCCUAAUUCACGACAUGGCCGAGUCGAUCGUAGGAGAUAUUACACCCGUAGAUGGCGUCCCGAAACCGGAGAAAAGCCGUCGCGAGGCCGAGACGAUGGACUACAUUUCCAAGAACCUUCUGGGAAAGGUAUAUGGAGGUCUCGCGGGACAAGAGAUCCGAGCGAUUUGGCAGGAGUACGAAGACUCUGUGACAAUAGACAGCCUGUUUGUUCACGACAUAGACAAGAUGGAGCUGUUGUUGCAAAUGGUGGAGUAUGAGAAGCGGGUAGAUAAGCGGCUCGACCUUGGCGAGUUCGCAUAUGUGGCUACCAAGGUGGUGUUGCCGGAAACUCAGGAGUGGGCGAAAGAUAUCCUCAAGGAACGUGAUGAGUUCUGGGGCACGGAAUCGCACGUCCACGGCGAAGCUGGGAUGAAUGGCGGUGUGAAGGAGGCCACGUCCAAAGGCCAAGAUGCUUAUUACUCCAAAUGAGCGGUCCGGCCUGAAAGGAGGUCUGACGUAGUGAUAUGUGAAGCAUGAUACUAGUUCUGUAUCAAUACCGAAUGUUUUGGUCGAUUUUUUGCUUCAUGCCGGACAUAGAGGAUCACCACAUCGAACGGGUAGAAUGGGAUGGGAACUUCGGAAUGGUUGACAUAGAAUAGGUACGUAGAUGGAGACGAAACUUAUGGUUAUGAUUAAUAACGACAUAUUAUUAUGCAAAUUUAUUGAUGAUAAAUCUCUC